CCUCAGUUUGUCUGGUCCACGUGGGUGCUGCUAGCUAUCCUGUACCGGGAAGAUGGAGCCUUUAGACCGUGUGGUAAAGCCUAAAACAAAGAGAGCCAAAAGAUUUCUUGAAAAAAGAGAGCCUAAACUGACAGAAAACACCAAAAAUGCAAUGCUCAUAAAAGGAGGAAAUGCAAGUUUAACAGUAGCAGAAGUACUCAAAAAUAUUUAUGCCCUGAAAAAGCCCUUCGCUGUCUUAUAUAAAAGAAAGAAUAUUACAAGGCCCUUUGAAGACCAGUCCUCUCUGGAAUUUUUUUCUAAGAAGUCUGAUUGUUCUUUGUUCCUGUUUGGAUCUCAUAGCAAGAAGAGACCUAAUAAUCUGACCAUAGGUCGUAUGUAUGACUAUCAUAUUCUGGAUAUGAUUGAACUGGGCAUUGAGAAGUUUGUUGCCCUCAAAGAUAUUAAGAACAGCAAGUGUCCAGAGGGAACAAAGCCCAUGCUGAUAUUUGCAGGAGAUGCUUUUGACAUUGAUGAGGAACAUAGAAGGUUAAAAAGCCUUCUAAUUGAUUUUUUCAGAGGCCCUGUUGUGUCCAGUAUUCGUCUGGCCGGCUUAGAACAUGUUCUGCAUUUCACAGCAGUGGAUGAAAAGAUCUAUAUGAGAAGUUACAAGGUGUUAUUGAAAAAGUCUGGUUGUAAAAUACCAAGGAUUGAACUUGAAGAUAUGGGACCCUCAUUAGAUUUGGUAAUAAGGAGAACACAUUUGGCAUCAGAUGAUCUGUAUAAACUGUCACUAAAGCAGCCUAAAGCUCUCAAGCCAAAGAAGAAGAAGAAUGUCUCUCAUGAUGUCUUUGGGACAAAAUAUGGGCGGAUACACAUGCAGAAACAGGACCUGGAUAAACUGCAGACUAGAAAACUGAAAGGUUUAAAGAAAAGACCGUCUGAAAAGAAAACUGAAGAUGGAGGAGAUCCAAAGAAACUAAAGUUGGAAUGAGAAGUUUAGACUGGAAGGAGCAUUUGAAUUUGGGUCCUAUCAGUGAAAUGCCAUAUAAACUUAAACCUUACUUCAUGUAAAUUUUACUAUUUUGCCUUUUUCUGAAGAUGUUUUUAAACAAUGGAGGAUCUUAAUAAUUUUUUUCUAGUCAAGUUCACCUGAUCUUUUAUACAGAUAUGUAUAUAAUGGCUUGAGGCCAUUAUAGGUGCUUGACCUUGCCAUAAUCUUUUCCCAAUCGUGAUCAUAAAUUAUUUAGAAUAUAAAAUAUAUCAUUUGUUUAUUUUUUCCAGGGGUUUGGAACAGAUUUUCUUGAAGUUAUAUAGAGCUAACGCCUUGUCUAGAAAUAAAGAACAAUUUCUAGAA